AUGCUUAUGUUUGAACCUCUCCGAAGUGCCGGUGCAUUUUACAGCCGACAAGUCGUUCUCCACAGUGUUGCUGACGCGUUGACUGUCGAAUUUCAUCAUCGCUACCAACCGGUCAGAUAUGCAGAUGUUGACUCAACAAUCCAUCACCAUGCGAAGGCUGACACGCCAUCGGGUUAUUUGUUCCACCGAGCCCUCCGGCAUCGUUUCAACUCGAGUCCGCAUGUGUGGCAUAGCUCGAGGUAUCUGUACCAACGCUCGACUUUCACAUCUUUCCUUAUUGUCUUCCCAAAGAGCAGAAACCAUAACCUCGUGUCAUCACAUCUUGAACGCUACAUUUGCUUCAUCAAAUCCAAUACUCACAGAUCUCUAUACGAUAUUGAAAUCCUGCUUAUCGGAAUCGAAACAUUCUUUCCACGUCUCAACUGGUGUAUGACAAUACAACCAUGUCCUCACCCUUCGAACGCCUGCCCCCAGAGCUGUUCUCUGCAAUCUGCUCCACUAUUCGCGACUCCCAAGAGUCGCCUCGUGGAUACCACACCACCUUCCUCGCUCUCAGCCUCACUUUUCCUCGGAGAAUCAUGUCUCGGAGACUCUGCAACGAGUCUUGGGAACUGCAUCUCCACGCUCGGCCACCUGGAUGUACUCGACGAUAUUGCAGAAAUCGAUGUGGUCAUGCCGGUGGCUGGUGGGAAAUGUGCGUGGGAAUAUGAAAGAGAGAGUGUGGUGAGGUUGUUGCAGAGCUUCCCGAAAUUGAAAAAGCUUUACAUCCGGACUGGUGAGGAGUUGACCGUGGGGCUUGUUGAUGAGGUCCAACAAGUCCUGACGAAACGCUCUGAUUCGGGAGGAAACUCAUUUGGACAUUAUUGGUGGUGGUACUCGAUGGACAGUCAAAGUGAAGGACGGAUAUAUGGAGAUGAGAAAUCGGUAACGAGGUCAAACUGUCGAAUGGUCAGGUUACUUAGGCGAGGGAAGCGACGACCGCCGUUCGUGUGUUCGUAUCAGGAUAUCCAGGGGCACCAUGCAACACGAGGUAUCGUGGUGUCGAGUCACCUAACAUAUCUCUUCGUGCUCGUUUGA